CGAUGAGACGGCCGAGUGUAUACGGGAGACUUAUCCAUGUCAUCCUGCAUGUCCUGCCUGCAUGUCCUGUGAUCGUGGUGAACGAAAUUCUGCCGUCUCCACCUUGCGUGUGUCCAAAGCCCAUUACACGAAACAGUCGUUGAUAAAGCGCGACUUGUUUUUCUUCAAUCGAGCAACGACGGUGACGUCACGUCAGACGCCCGCAUUCGGCAAGUCGGUGCAAGAAUUGAGCUUCACGGCGAACACAUUGAGCUGCUAAUUCGUGCUGCCUUCAAAACAUCAUGGCAGGACUGAAGUUGAGUGUGAUGCUUGUGUUGGUUCUUCUCCUUCCCUGCUGUACUUCAGGCAAAAAUGGCAAGAGGCUCACUGCCGCCGACAAGAGCCAGGAAGUGGCAAAGCACGCCAUCAAGAUCCACCAGGGUAAGGAGCCUAGCAUCAGGGGCAUUGCUGGGGAGGCUGGCAACCAGACAUCUAGGGAAGUAAUAACCCUAGAUAGCUAUCUGAGCAAUUCGUGCCAGGUUCUAGCCAACCUAAAGCAGACCAAGAAGCUUGUCAUUCAGAAGCUUGACCGAACCAUUGUAGAUGUACACCUGGACCAGAAUGUGGAAAAGGCAGAGAAGAUGUUCCGCAUCCACAUGUUCGAGAUUUUCAAACGAGAGUUGAAUGAGAGUGAGGACGCCAUACUGAUGUCCAUCAAUGGACUGAAGAGGGCACUGCAGCCAACAGCCGGUCCAGCGCUGUCAACAGCCAACCGCUUUGCUGCACUAGCUAUGGAGGAUGUGGAUCCCAUCAUCAUCGAUGACAGCAUCGACGGACCGAGGCGGAGUUGCUGAUCGAUUCCUACUACAAGGCCUAGACGCCCAGUGUCCAACUUGGCAAGAAACAGGAAUGUUCAACACUCCCCAACCAGCCCCGACCACUCAACAACCAAGACCUCCAUUCAUGAGCAGCUGGUCCAGUAUCGCAAAAAGCACAACGAAAGGAACACUGCAAAGACCAAACCACCUACUCCCAACCCAGCCACCACAGCAGAUAUCUUGGUCAUCGGUGACUCCAUGAUCAAGAGACUGCAACCUAGAAAACUGAGCAGGAAAAAGAAGUCAUCUGCCACACCAUGCACGGUGCGAAGACUGAGGACAUCGCUCUGAAUGGCAAACACCUGUCAGGCAAGCACAAUGUUUCUGACAUAAUUCUUCAUGUCGGAACCAACAACACCUCUGACAAUGCAGACACAAUUGCUGCAAAGAUCACUUCACUCGGUGAAACACUGCAACCAAAGUCAUUGACGAUUUCGUCAAUCAUCCAUUGCAAAAAACAGACAGUGUCCCAACACAAGAAGGUCGAUGAUUCAAAUGAUCUGCUGAAAUCUAUCACACAGAGCAACAACUGGGAAUUUAUCGACAACGGAAACAUAACUUUGGACCAUCUCGUCUUGGACGGCGUGCAUCUCAACACCACAGGAGUACGCAUUUUGGCCAAAAACCUUAUACAGCACAUUCCGUAGCUGGACCAUCAGAAAAAACAUAUUGACACGCACCAUCGACUGAAUUCAUGCCGCAGAGAACAUCCUUUGGUGCAAUAUCGUACUCUGAUGCCCUCAUUAAACCGAUUGGAGAUUGCCCAGAUGUUUCGACGGUUUUCCGGCCAUCCAACCAGUACUACCCUCAACGGUAGUUGAAGCGACAUCAGCCCCUCCACCACCAACCAUGACCCAAGCUGGCCCAAUCCGAGACCUACAAUGCCCAUCAUCGACUCAGAGACCAAGAAUGGAACCAAUACCUGGAGAAGGUCAGAGAACUACUCAACCCACUGAGCAGGAUUCCAAAGUAUACUUAAUAGAUGGCAUCAUUCACAAUCAAAGUGCAGGUGGUUUUUCAUUUGCCCACCUCAAUGUACGUGUAAGAAGUAUUAUGAAUACAUUCGACCAUUUUAAGAUAUUAAUGUCUACAAAUCUAUUUGAUAUCAUCUGUUUAAACGAAACAUCUUGUGACUCCUCAAUCUCCGACGAAGAGCUUAACCUCCCCGAAUACUGUAUUGUCAGAAGAGAUAGAAACCGUCACGGGGGUGGGGUGGCAGUGUAUAUCCAAAAUAAUUUAACUUUCAUCUGCCGUGAUGACCCGGAAACAGAUGAUGUCGAAUGUUUAUGGGCUCAACUCAAAUGUAAGCAAAGGCAGUCGUUGCUUUUAAGUUCUAUUUACAGGCCACCUUCAAGUUCUGUUGAGUUCAUAGAUAUUAACUAAGUGGUAUUAUAGAUACAGCCUUCUGCUCUAGUAAUUUUUAUUACUAUACCUCAUAAAUAUUCAUCAAGCAACCGCGGCAUUUCAUUGGUCCAUUCCAGCAACUUAACCUUGUGAAAGUUUUUACUAUCACCCCGCAUCUUCGCGUGACGCGCAAAACCAGGGAGGUACUAUCACACACCUGGGUUGCAACAGUUAGAUUUGUUCAAGUACUGUGUUAUCUCUUCUUUACGUGCGUACCGUGACAGUUGCAUGUGCCAGUUUAUUAAGGCGUACAUCAAAAUGGUGACCGGUGGUGCUCGCUUUGCGAUUUUAAUCGAGGAGGAAGUGGGUGAAAUUUUACACAAUCAAAAUAAAUGCAGUGUUUUGCGUGAAUGUUAAAAUUUAUUC